AUGGCUCAAAAUUGGAUGGUAGCAAGGAAUAUUGGGUCCACGAAUAUUCGUGAGCGUUAAUUGUGCAUACACCAAUCUUGGGGGCUCGAAUCUUUGAAAAUUUGAAUCUUUGAAAGCGAUUCUUGGGAAUAUCCACUUUCUUACUGAUUUUUCAUAGUUUUUCCAAUUUUUUUUGUAAAUAGAUGUUGAUGGAGAAUGUACACAGAGUUAAAGGCAUAGGGGCAGUAAAAAAUGGGGUUUCAGGUGAAAGCAGUAUCUUAUACAGUUUUUCUUUGCGAAUCGAAUGGUGUACUCAAAAAAAUUACAGAUGUGACAACUUUAGAAGAAAAACGCAAUUUUACUUUCCCGCCAUUAAUUUUGAAAAAAGCUUUGGAUCGGCCUACGGACAAAUGUUUACAGUAGCCGUGCACGCGAUGUUGCGGACGUCUCAUUAGACUCGCAUUUUGUGAGAAAUAACCGGAUAUCUGCUUCAAAUCAAGGGUUUCUACUCUGAAAAAUCGAUUAAGAAAACAGAAUACACACAUUGAUAAUAAAGAAAACACAAAUAAUCGCUAUCCCAAUCGAAACCUGUGUAAAAUCAUCAUUUUUCACGAAAUGCGAUCAAAGUUUGCAAACUAUACAUGAAUAGAAAGCUUUUGUGACGAAAAGAACUUUGGUGACAACAGAAAAAAUUGAAAAUUGAAAGAAACGAAGAAAAAAGCGAAAAUCCGGAAGAUGGCGAAGCCUGUUGUCCAUAGAGCAACUUUACUGCAAAGUGCCCUUUUCGCGGGAACUCAAACUUUCUUCUCUCCGACUUUGAAUUAUUUUUUCUCCAAAACUAGGAACUUCUGUACGUUUCCAAGUUUACCGUUCGAUUCGCAAUGAAAAGCUCUACAAAGUACUGCUUUGAACUGAGACACCGUUUUUUACUGCCCCUAUCCCUUUAAUGAAAAUGUGGUAGGCGUUCUGUAGUGGAUUUUUGACUACGUGUAUGCGAGAAAGACGCAUUAUUUGAUAAAAAGUUAGUUGAAAAAAAUCACACAGUGUUCCUUUGUGGUCGAAACACGAAAUCCUCACAAUAGAACGACAAAGGAAAAAAAAUGAAGGAAAGAAAAAAGAUGGAGAUUCAAAAAAGAGGUGAAUAUUCCCAAGAAACGUCUUCAAAGAUUCAAAUUUUCAAAGAUUUGAGCCCCCAAGAUUGGUGUAUGCACAAUUAACGCUCACGAAUAUUCGUGGACCCAAUAUUCCUUCCUAUCAUCCAAAAUUGAAGCUUCAAAUGCUUAUAAACGCAGAAAUGAUGACCCAGACUCAAUGUAACCAGUAUGAAAGUCUUGAAAACAUGAAAUUGAAAUGUAAAAUUAUUUUUAUUUUCAUUUUUCUAGUGUUAAUGUCGUCACGACGUCAAAAGAUACCACUAAAAUUCUAGAAGUUGAACUGAUGAUUUAUUCAAAAAUUAUCCGAUAAAAAGUGUACCAUACUCAGCAAGGUUUCUCCCGAAUUUUUCCAAAAAUGCGGUCUCUAGCGACUCUUCUGGUUUUUUGGUGUCCAUCAGCAACCCCAUCACAAUCUCUACAAUCCCUACUUCGACGUCUACUUCGACCAAAUCUGCCGCGAUUCUCACAAAAAGGAGCUUAUUCUCACCCACAAGGGCAGUGAAUACGACGGCGUCGGUCAGUACUCAUCCAGAGCUGGUUGGUGGGACGAACGUCACGCGAGUUCAGAAGAACGGACGCCACUGCUGCCUCCAGGACGUGAGUUUUAAUCUUGAAGGAACCUGAAAAAUUUUUUUUAAUUAUACAAUCACGUUGUUUUUUUUUGUUUUUGGAGUUUCCAUGACAGAAAAUUUUUCCAGAAGACUAAAUUUUUGAGCCCUAUAUAAGAAUGCCAAAUCGCGCAAGACCCCCAUUAAAUCUCAAAAAACUCAAGUUCAUAGGUUUUUAUGAGACAGUCGAAUACAUACAUCUACGACAAAAAAAAAAUUAUUGAUCUAUUGCUUAGGUUAGAAAUAAUCGCUUAGAAUGAAUUUUGAAAUAAUUUUUCGAUCAUUUCAGCUCCGCCUCAACCCUGGCCCUUGACUCCACGGAACUACCAACCGUCAGCUUUUCCCCGGGACCCUCGACCUUUCCAACUUCAGCAACCGAGUAACUCGGUCCGCUUCAACACCGAGACAACAUGGCGACCGACUGAACCACGUAAACUCGAAAACCCACGCGAUAAGUGGAGUCGAAUCUUUGGACGACGCCUUUUCAAUGCCUUUUCGGUCCCAGUAG